AGUUUUUGUUGCAGCGUAUUUGUUUAACGUUUCUAUAAAAGUCUCCCAGAAGAAGUGUGCGUUAAAUUCGUUGUGGUUUUUAUACUGAAAUUUUGUGUUUACUUGGUGAAUAUAGUUACGAAAGGAUUCUUUCAUCUGAAGCCAUGUCGAAAUCAGUCAAAGAUCGAAGACCUCCGUACGAUGACGUCCUUGUAACGGCAAUAAGAGUCCUAAGUUUACAAAACGCAGAAAUAUCGGCGUUAAUCCCGAAAUAUUUCGGUAAACCCGAAGAAGAUAUUGCAAGUUGGUUAUUUAGGAUAGAAAAUUUGCAACAACGUUUCGGACUUACUAGCGACCAUAUUGUAGCUAUAGCUAUAAGUAAACUUAGGGGAGGCGCUCUAACUCAUUUCCAAAGGAACGUACCGAUCAACCCCAGUUACGAUGAAUUUAAAGAAAAUAUGUUGGGGCGGUAUUUGGAACCGUAUUUUUCGCGAAGAAAAUGGCUUCGAGAAGAAAAUUUCUUGGAUUAUUUCGAAGAUAAAGUUACCUUGGGGGAAUUAUUGAAACUCGACGAAAUCGACGUAAUCAAAUGUAUUAUUCAAGGUAUUUCCGAUAGGAAAAUGAAAAACCGUUUCAGAAAAUGUAAAUUUCAAACUAUAGAUGAGUUUCGACGAGAUGUAAUCGACGAAUUUAAACCGAUCGAAGUGGUAGAAAAAACAAACGAUAUCGUCGAUGUUGAUUUAACGAAUAUGACGCGAAAACAGUAUACGCAACAUUCGCGGGACCUAGUCUCCGACAAAAGGUCCGAUAAAUUGAAAAAACAGAUGAACGUGCGGGUCACAACCAUGGACGCGGAAUUGGAAUUCGCGAUCCAACAAACAACGUCCGGCAAACAACUCUUCGACCAAGUGGUAAAAACAAUCGGUCUUAGAGAAGUUUGGUUCUUCGGGUUGCAAUAUACCGAUUCCAAAGGGGACCUUACUUGGGUUAAACUCUACAGAAAGGUAAUGAGCCAAGAUGUGAAAAAAGAAAAUCCUCUGCAAUUCAAAUUCCGCGCCAAAUUCUACCCCGAAGACGUCGCCGAAGAAUUGAUCCAAGAUAUUACCCUCCGUCUUUUUUACCUCCAAGUAAAGAACGCCAUAUUGUCCGACGAAAUUUACUGUCCGCCCGAAACUUCGGUUCUCUUAGCCUCGUACGCGGUACAAGCGAGGCAUGGAGACUAUCAGAAGGCGCUCCAUUCCGAAGGGUUCCUGGCCAACGACCGGCUGUUACCCCAACGCGUUAUGGAUCAACACAAAAUGUCGAAAGACGAAUGGGAAAAUAGCAUAAUGACCUGGUGGAAGGAGCACAAAGGUAUGUUGCGCGAAGACGCCAUGAUGGAAUACCUCAAGAUAGCGCAAGAUCUCGAAAUGUACGGAGUUAAUUAUUUCGAAAUCCGCAACAAAAAAGGAACGGAAUUGUACCUAGGAGUAGAUGCUCUCGGUCUCAAUAUCUACGAAAAAGAUGAUCAACUCACUCCGAAGAUCGGAUUCCCUUGGUCUGAAAUCCGCAAUAUCUCAUUCAACGAUAGAAAAUUCAUAAUCAAACCGAUCGAUAAGAAAGCGCCAGAUUUCGUCUUCUUCGCGCCGCGAGUACGCAUCAACAAGCGUAUCCUCGCCCUUUGCAUGGGUAAUCACGAAUUGUACAUGCGCAGACGUAAACCGGAUACCAUCGAUGUCCAACAAAUGAAAGCGCAAGCGAGAGAAGAGAAAUUAGCUAAACAGCAGCAAAGAGAGAAGCUUCAAUUGGAAAUUGCGGCGAGAGAAAGAGCCGAAAAGAAACAGCAAGAAUAUGAAGAUAGAAUUAAAGCUAUGCAAGAAGAAAUGGAAAGGAGUCAAGCUAAUCUCCAAGAAGCUCAAGAGAUGAUUAGAAGGUUAGAAGAACAACUGAAACAACUUCAAGCGGCUAAAGAAGAACUCGAAAAGAGACAGAACGAGUUGCAAGCUAUGAUGGAACGUUUGGAGGAAAGCAAGAACUUGGAAGCUGCCGAAAGGGCGAAACUCGAAGAAGAAAUCAGGGCGAAACAGGAAGAAGUUCAACGUAUACAAGAAGAAGUUGAAGCUAAAGAUAGCGAAACUAAACGUCUACAAGAAGAAGUUGAAAACGCCCGUCGUAAAGAAGAAGAAUUGAAACAACAACAACUCGCCAACGCGACCAAAGGUCAUUUGGAAGAGAAUGAUCACAACGAAGACGAUGAAAUGGUUAAUGGUGAUGUUAGCCAAGAACUUAAUACCGAUGAAAAUAUCGUCGAUCCUAUCGAAGAUAGACGUACGCUAGCAGAAAGAAACGAACGUUUACAAGAUCAAUUAUUGGCUCUGAAGAAGGACCUCGCCCAAUCUCGCGACGAAACUAAGGAAACUGCCAUGGAUAAAAUUCACAGGGAAAACGUCCGCCAAGGAAGGGACAAAUACAAGACAUUGCGUGAAAUCCGCAAGGGCAAUACUAAACGUAGAGUUGAUCAAUUCGAAAAUAUGUAAAAAUUUUUCUUUUACUUAACCAGCAUUAAUCAAGUCCUACUAUAACAAAAUAUCAAUAUUAUUUCAAAUGCUCAACGCGAGAUAAUCAUUGUUCAAAAUCUUGUUUUAAAAAAAAUUACUUUUAAGUUUUUUUUUCGGUUCAGUCUUAAUUUACUUAUUAGCUAAGUAUUAUCCAAUCCUUAUAUAUAUAUAUAUAUAUUUGUUUUGAUAUGUAUUACGAGCCCUAUAGGCUCCGUUAAGUGGCCUUAGAAUUUUACUACUUUUCCGCUUUGUUACACUAUUCCGCUUUUUAUAUAAUACUUACUAUAAAUAUAUUUAACGAUGUUAUACGAAAUCGAUUUUCCAGUUGUUUUGUGAUAACUAACAAAAUUUCGGAUUAAUUUCAAAAAAAAAAAAAAUCGUUUUUGCAACGGAUCCGAACUGAACUGAAACCUAAAAAUUUACACUCCAGAUCUGCAAUAUACUUGGUCCGGUAUACGGGUACAAUCUAAAGAAAACUUAUAGAGAAAUAAUCUAAUCGAAAUUUUCAUCACUUGUUAUUUUUAUAUAAAUAAUUACAAAUAUUUGUUUUUAUGUAUAAUCUAUAUAUUUUCAUUAGAUCCCGAUUCUGGGCGAUAAUUUUCAUUUUGUUCGAAAUUCUCUUAAUAAAAGGACGCAUUCCAAUUUUUUUACGAGUAGUUUUGCUAUUUUAAUGUUAGUGUGCCAUUCGGUGAUCAAAACAAUUAAAAAUAAAAUUGACUUUAUCCUUAUCUGUUGUCAGUACAAUAAUGUUUCCGAAAAUUAAAAAUUUCAAUGCAUUCAUUUUUAUAUAUAUGCAGUAAAAACUCUCUUAACCUGAAUAUAGGAGAUACGAGGUCAGUGUUCGACAAAGAAAUGAAUUGUUUACAGAAAAAUUGUCAUAUUGAAAAUACAUGUACCUGUAUAUGUUUCUUUAAAACAUAAUUCUGGUAAAAAUCAUUGAAAUCAGUCUAUUUCGCAGAAAACUUCAAAUAGCCGUUUCGAUGUUUCGUAAAACAUAAAUUAGACCCACUUUAUACAAGUCCUACUUUAACAAACAUCAUUCUGAUCAAAUUAUGGGGUUGUUAGGGGAUCUAUGGUAUGAAAUUGUUUGUACUAUCAAGUAUUUGGUGUUCACCAUGUAGAGAAGUUUUUAAAUUCCGAUUGUUUUCAACUUAUUCCUCAUGUAAUCUCUUUCUUUUCGGCAUGGAAAGUAAUAUUUCCACGGGAAAAUUUAAGAGAUCUUUAGUUUUACCAUAUUUUGUUAAUUUCAACAAAGCUGCUCGCUGUCAUCCCUUUAAAUGAAAUUUCUGGUUUGAGAUUGUCAGUAUGUUUCAUAAACCUCCAUUUUACUUAAUCUAUUAAUAAUUAAUAUACAAAACUACCCUCUGCUAGGAAUGAACAGUCUCAAAAUAAUUGUAUAAUCCAGAUUCUUAUUUUGGGAAUGGAUUAUGUUUUCCCUGGUACACUUUGUAUUAUUGGAUCAACAACGUUUGGCUUAACCGUAAAAACAGCUAUUUGAUUGCCACAUUUUUCCAAAAAUCGUCAUAUUCUGCCCUUUCUAUCAUAUUUUCUUCAAUUGUACAACUGAUUCGUCAAAUAUAAAACAUUGGCUGAUUUCUUGACCCCCGGGGUUAUUUUACUUUCUUUCUGUUAGGGUUGUUACGGUCGAGAGAGGUUUUACUGUAUUGCAAUCGUUAUCUAAUACUCCUAUAUGCAUUUCUAUUCUUCUUUUUAUUUAAUUUAGCGAAGGGAAGCUACUUCUUUUUUAUAGUUAAGUUUUAAUUACGUGCGCACAAGAUUCAGCGUAUAGUUAAUGAGAUAGGUGCUUACAUGUCCCCAAUAUAGGAGUAUUAUAAAUGGUCACGACACUUUAAAAUGUUUUAAUUUUAUACUUACUUGGCCUGGUGCUUCCCGGAAAACUAUUGAGCAACAUUCCGUGAAUAUCUAAAUUAUAUUUUCAAGAUAAAUCAAAUUUUUUCCCGUUAUUUUUAUAACAAACAUAUACUACUACACUGGUCCUUCGUGCCGGAUUAUUUGCAGUAUGGUUUAAUUAAAAUUCCAAAUUAUUUUUCAUAUAUUAUGUAGUUGCUCGAUAUUCUAAUGUAAAUAACAUUUUUUUUUUCGUUUAGUUUUUUUGGUUAUCAAAUUUGCUUGCAAGUCUGAGAGAAUUUGUAUAUAUAAAAAAUGUAUACCACGUUGCCUUUUUGUAGAGUAGAUAAUUUUGGAAGAUAUUUUACACAUAACGUUUUAAGUAUUGAUAUAAAAAAAUAUUUUGGUUGAGGAGAUCGUAGCGUUUUUAUUUACUACGAAUAGGGAACGAACAAAAGAGUUUUUCACACCGAAUUUUGGUGUUCUAAAAUAUCGCGAGGCCGAAAUUAUAAUCAAAAAUAUUUUAUACACUUUGAUGUUUUUUUUUAUUGUUAACUUUUUUUGUCAUAUUGUCAAUUUGUAUAAUAAAUUUAAAACUACUCCAGUAGUUCUUCUCUAAUAUUUCUAUUCUGAAUAGUUUCAUCAGUUAUAUAUUUCUAAGGGUAAAUAUUAAUUAUUUGGAAUUA